AUGGACUGCAACCUUCAAAGUAAUUACAAACUCAGUAAAACUGAGAAGAAGUUCUUAAGGAAACAGAUUCAAGCCAGGCAUACUUUGCUGAGACAUGAAGGCAUUGAGACAGUAUCAUAUGCCACUCAGAGCCUGGUUGUUGCCAAUGGUGGUUUGGGUAACGGUGUGAGUAGGAACCAACUGCUCCCAGUUUUAGAAAAAUGUGGACUGGUGGAUGCUCUGUUGAUGCCACCUAACAAGCCCUACUCAUUUGUAAGAUACAAAACUGCAGAAGAAUCCAAGAAAGCCUAUGUUACCCUCAAUGGAAAAGAAAUAGUGGAUGAUUUAGGACAAAAGAUCAUUCUGUACUUGAACUUUGUGGACAAAGCACAAUGGAAGGAGUUGGGGCCUCAAGCCUUACCUCCAGGCCUCAUAGUAAUAGAAGAAAUUAUUUCUUCUGAAGAUGAGGAAAUGCUUUUGAAAAGUGUUAAUUGGACAGAAGAUACAGACAAUCAAAAUUUUCAAAAAUCCUUAAAGCACAGAAGAGUAAAGCAUUUUGGUUAUGAAUUCCACUACGAGAACAACAACAUAGAUAAAGAUAAGCCAUUACCUGGGGGUCUUCCUGACAUUUGUGAUAGCAUUUUGGAGAAAUGGUUGAAGGAAGGUUACGUUAAACAUAAACCUGAUCAACUGACCAUAAAUCAGUAUGAACCAGGGCAUGGAAUUCCUGCUCAUAUUGACACACAUUCUGCUUUUGAGGAUGAGAUCGUUUCUCUCAGUUUGGGGUCCGAGAUUGUCAUGGAUUUUAAGCACCCAGAUGGUGUCACAGUGCCAGUUAUGUUGCCUCGUCGGAGUUUACUGGUGCUGACAGGAGAAUCUAGAUACCUUUGGACCCAUGGAAUCACACCCAGAAAAUUUGAUACUGUUCAAGCAUCUGAGGGUCACAAAAGUGGAAUUAUCACCAGUGAUGUCGGAGACUUAACUUUAAGCAAAAGGGGAAUACGAACAUCAUUUACAUUUAGGAAAGUGAGGCAAACACCUUGUAACUGUAGUUACCCUUUGGUCUGUGACAGCCAGAGGAAAGAGAGUCCCCCCUCAUUUCCAGAGAGUGAUAAAGAAGCUUCACAGCUGGAACAAGAGUAUGUCCAUCGAGUUUAUGAAGAGAUCGCUGGGCAUUUCAGCAGCACAAGACAUACCCCUUGGCCACACAUCGUGGAGUUUUUGAAGGCUUUGCCAAGCGGUUCAGUAGUGGCUGAUAUUGGAUGUGGAAAUGGAAAGUAUCUUGGCAUCAAUAAGGAUUUAUAUAUGAUUGGUUGUGAUCGUAGCCAAAACCUUGUGGACAUUUGUAGAGAGAGGCAAUUUCAGGCCUUUGUCUGUGAUGCAUUAACGGUACCAGUCCGCAGUGGAUCUUGUGAUGCUUGCAUCUCCGUUGCUGUUAUUCACCAUUUUGCAACAGCGGAGCGUAGAGUGGCAGCUCUCCAAGAACUUGUUCGACUCCUGAGACCUGGUGGGAAGGCACUCAUUUAUGUCUGGGCAAUGGAACAAGAAUAUAAGAAGCAGAAGUCCAAGUAUCUUAGAGGAAACAGAAUUAGCCAAGGAAAGAAAGAGGAGAUCAUCAGUGACACAUCAAUGCAGGGGUUGCUUGUGGAGCACAUGCCUGACCCAGGCAAUCAAGACUCAGCCUCUUCUGUCCCCUCCAUUAUUGACUUUCAGGAGACAGGAUGUAAUUCAAGGAAGGCUGCUAAUUCUCAGCUGCCUGUUCACAUUAACAGGACUUCUUUUCACUCUCAAGAUGUACUGGUUCCCUGGCACCUUAAAGGAAAUCCUUGUAAAGACAAACCUGUUGAGCCAUUUGGCCCAGCAGGAUGCCAUGACUCAAGCCCUGUGUUUCAUCGUUUCUACCAUGUGUUCUGUGAGGGAGAAUUGGAAGCUGCCUGCCAGGCUUUGAGUAAUGUCAGCAUUCUACAAAGCUACUAUGAUCAGGGUAACUGGUGUGUGAUUCUUCAAAAGGUCUGAUUAUUUAUGUGAACAUGUCGUAUAUAGAGAAGAAAUGCUCAGGUUUUUUUUUUAAAGAAGACUAAAUUAAUUGUCCUUUUAAUUAAAGAGGAAACUUCUGGAAAAGUACCAAAGGAGAGCUCCUGAGAGAAAUUUGGAAGUAGAGAUUAGUUAGGAAAUAUUCAGUCUGAUCCUCUUGGCUGACCUCAUAAAUGUAGGCUGCUCUUACAUCUCUUGGGGAUGGUUUUUAAAAGUGAUUGAAAUAGUUUCUGAAGUGUUUGGAAUCCUUGGGUAAGAGU